ACACCUUUCUUAUGGAGUUGGCUCACGAUGACGCACGGUGCGCAACAAGAUACACACAAGGGUUUUCCAAUAAAAAGAGUACAGUAAGCGCGAAAAGUAAUAGGAUGGAAGUGAGGACUUUCUGAAUCGGGUGGAAACGGAAGGAAACAAAUCUACAUCUGGACUUUGUGGUGCCAUCUUUGCUCCUCUGCUCUGACAGCUACAAUGGAACCUCUGGACCAGAGCCACUGGACUCCUCUAUCAUCAGACCUCAACUCCUCCUCUGCAACCACGCCCUCACCCUUCUUCUUUUCUUUCCCCCACUUCUCCAACACCUCCUCCAACGUGUCCACUCACAGUGUCCCGUUUCAGGGCAGCAGCACUCUGGUGACUGCGGUCAUUUCCCUCACUGUGUUCAUAGUGGGCCUGACGGGCAACACUCUGGCCAUCUAUGUGGUGCUGCGCUACGCCAAGAUGAAGACCGUCACCAACAUCUACAUCCUGAACCUGGCUGUGGCCGAUGAGCUCUACAUCCUCGGGCUGCCCUUCCUCACCACGCAGAAUGUGCUCUCCUAUUGGCCGUUUGGCUCCUUCCUGUGCCGUGUGGUCAUGACGGCAGACUCUAUGAACCAGUUCACGUCUAUUUUCUGCCUGACGGUCAUGUCCAUCGAUCGUUACCUGGCUGUGGUCCACCCUAUCCGCAGCACCAAGUGGCGACACCCGCGCGUGGCCACGGUUGUGAGCGCAGCCGUGUGGGCCGUGUCCUUUGUGAUGGUCCUGCCUGUGGUCAUCUUCUCUGAUGUCCAGGACACAUUUAACUCCUGCAACAUGAUCUGGCCAGAGCCACGGGAUGUGUGGUCAACAGCCUUCAUUCUCUACACUGCCACAAUGGGCUUCUUUGGACCGCUGCUCAUCAUCUGCCUCUGCUACCUUCUGAUCGUCAUUAAGGUGAAGUCCUCGGGGAUGCGGGCGGGCUUCACCAAGCGACGGCGUUCGGAGCGCAAGGUGACGCGGAUGGUGGUGGUGAUCGUGGUGGUGUUUGUGUUCUGCUGGCUGCCGUUCUUCAUAAUCAACUUCGUCAACCUGGUGGUCAUCAUCCCGGAGUCCAGCGUAACAGCAGGAAUUUACUUCUUUGCUGUCAUCCUGACGUACGCCAACUCCUGUGCCAACCCGGUGCUCUACGGCUUCCUGUCGGACAACUUCAAACAGAGCUUCAGAAAACCUCUACAGAUAAUUUCUGUGGCCCUGCAAGGGCUGUGUGUGAGGAUGAGGUGCAAGACCAACGGUGUAGAUGACGGUGACCCCAGAGCUCCGCGCACUGAGAAGUCCACGGCGAAUGACUGCAUCCUGCUCUCCACUCAUAACCAGGUCUACCAUGAUCCCCAGAGCAGCCAGGUACUCCAGAUCUCUCCUCACCCUCCAGGCUCGUCUACCUCUCACACAGCUGCAGACCUGCACCGCUGCAUCACUACAUGUCAAUGUCCUUCCACUUUCCCAGGACUCGGACCCACCACCACUACCACCGUAAUCUCCACAGCAGCCUACAUGGUAACCGCAGCUGAACCUCCAACCAUUACUGCCCUGACUACACCUUCCUCGUCUGCUUCCAUAGCUCCACAAGAACAGUAUGGACUGUCUGGUGUUUUAGGGAGAAGCAUGGACAAAAGUGUAGAAGAUUCACUUCCUGUGUGUAAGGAGAGCUGAGGAGGGGGGAAAAAAGGAUAUGAGAAGAUGGAAGCAGCCAUCUGACAUAAGUGCCUUUUCAGCCGCUCUCAGCAAUCAUCAUGACUCCUAAAUGGACACAGAAACAUUUAUACCUUGCUUCUCUCACUUCCUGUUUAUCUGUCACACAUCAUGUGCGAAUGUAUUCACGUUUCUGAACCAAAAAUUCCAUCGAGCAUAUAGCAAAAACCCAUUUUUCUGUUUCAAGCUGCCACUCACUAUUGUUCGAUUUGCCUCUUAGAAUGGGUAAAUUGCGAUGAAUUGAGUUCAUAAUUCACAAUGUACAUCUGUACAGCUUUGUGGACAGAAUCUGCUGUGAUAUUUUUUUUUGUACAGUGUUUGUAUUUCCAGAAAAUAGCUUGUUUGUCAGCUUGUCAGUCACAGAAAAUGUGCCUCUUUACCUGCUCAGCAUCUUUCUGCAGAUAUGUAGCCAGCAUUGAACACAAAACCGAUGACCUCUUUGUGCAUGCGCUGCUCUUUACGGGUGUUUGUGGAUGUUUUCACUAAUGUGUGCGUGCAUGUGCAUUUGUGGUCGCUUUGCACACGUGUAUGUAAACGUUUUCUCUCUGCAGAAUAUAUUGUUGCUAGUGUUGUUGUCUGACCAUGCUUUGCUCAGCGGCUUAUUUACUGUGCAGCGGAUGCUAUUUUUUAUCAGACAGGCAGCACAAUACCUCAGCUCACACAGCCUCCUUUGACUUUGGCCUUUGAAAUGUUUAUAUUGCAGUCAUGUCUGCCUGUAAGCUUUUUAUUAUCAUGAAAGGUCCUGUGUAGUUUUUUCAGACAGGAUAGAGAUGAUCGUACCAUGACUACAGAAAAUGUAUGUUUCUGAUUGGCUGGUAGGCGUCUUUUAAAAUUGCGUAACAGAACACCUCAGACAUACUUACUACCACAUCAGCCAAAGCAGGUAACCAUAGAAACAAUAUUUCUGCUUUGUACAAUGUCACCAUUUAACUCUCAUUGGUGAAACAGACCUAAAUAUGAGAUAAUUGGACUAUUAAACUUGAAAAAAAGAGUCACACAGAUCUUCUUUUUGUCUGUGCUACAGAAAAGUGGUACAAGCACAAAAACACAGUAAUCUGUUUUUUUUGUAUAAGACACCUUAUUGUUGCUGUAUUAUUGCUUACUGUACUGUACAUAAUCGCUCUCUGUUUUCCGCUCUUUAUAUCAUAUCAGCCCACUGCCAAUCUCUUUAUAAAAGCAGUCAUUGUGGUCAGUGCUAUUCAAUAAAAACUAAUUAGAAUCUAAUAACGCUCACGUAAAUAGGAUGAGUUUAUUGUAAUAGCGCACAUUAGUGUGAGAAUCAACUUAUAAAAUCUCAAUGAUGGAUGAUUGUGCUUUUCCAACCACUUUUAAUCUAUCUGCGUACAUAAAAAAGGAAAUUGGCAUGCAGUCAAAGGAGCUGAGCAGGUGAAUAUAAUAAGUUGAAGUAGUGACAGGAAAAAUAAUGGAAGCUGUCCACAUGAGAAGAAAAAAAAAAAAAUCAAGGUUGUUCAUAAUGAAGGCUUUCACAUGCAAAUACAGAGACUAUGGUGUGUAUUUUACCAGAUUAUUUAUAGUUGUUUGGAUGUUUUGGUGCUGUAUAUUCGUUUGGCUUCAAAAUAAAAGAGUGUGAUCAUAAA